CACAGGACCAUCACCAACCCCCUGGAAGGACGCCUGACCAGCGGCCAGGUGACGGCCAUCCUGUUCUUCAUCUACGCCUGGAUCACGCCCUGGGUCCUUAUGCCCUUCCUCGAGAUCUGGAACCGAUUUGUCCCCGAGGGAUACCUGACGAGCUGUACCUUCGACUACAUGAGUGAAGGUUCUAAGUUCUACGUCGUCGGCCUCUGGUUCUGCAUGUGGCUCCUUCCUAUGCUCAUCAUCACUACCUGCUAUUACCUCGUGUAUUCCCACGUCGCCGCCCACGAGAAGUCUCUGAAGAAACAGGCCAGCAAGAUGAACGUGGAUUCCCUGCGAUCCGGCGACAAGACCAACAUGAGGCAGGAGGUACGUGUAGCCAAGGUCGGGGCCACUCUCACGUCGCUCUUCCUUAUCUCGUGGACGCCCUAUGCCGUGGUCGCCUUCACCUGCACCUUCGGGAGGCCGGAUCUGGUGACGCCCUUCGUGUCUAUGAUUCCUGCCUGUACCAGCAAGACUGCGGCUUGUAUCGACCCCUUCGUCUACGCCAUCAACCAUCCCAAGUACCGCAUCGAACUCGGCAAGAAGAUGCCUUGGUUCUGUGUCCACGAGAAGGAGGAGACCAGCGCACCAUCCGAAACUGUCUCCAAGGAAGCACCUGCUAAUGCCUAA